AUGAAGGUCUUCGUUGUUGCCGCCGUCCUGGCCGUCGCUGCCGCCGCCCCCGCCCCGGAAUCACCCUCAUACCGCCCCGCCCCGGCCCCCUACAAGCCGGCCCCCUACCACCCGGAGCCCAAAUACAAGGAGGAGCCCAAGCCGUACGCCUACGACUACGCCGUCAACGACCACUACACCGGCACCAACUUCGCCAAGAACGAGAAGAGCGAUGGCCACAACACCCAGGGCUCCUACACCGUGGCUCUGCCCGACGGCCGUGUCCAGACCGUGAACUACGUCGCUGACCACUACGACGGAUUCAACGCUGAGGUGACCUACGAGGGAGAGGCCCAGUACCCCGAGUACCACUCCGCCCCUGCCUACAAGCCGGCCCCGGCCCCCUACAAGCCCGCCCCGAAGUAUUAAAUGUUUCCUGAGUUAGGCUGCGUGAUAUUUAUUGUAUUUGUCCGUGUCUGUUGUGUGUAAUAAAAGCUCAAACAUGGUUUAA